CAUCAUUGGCAAUUGAUCUUUCAUGACCUCUAGUCAUUUGCUGUAUCGUUGUUCUUUUCUUGUUAUUGGUACUACAAGAAAGACCAACAGAGCCAUGGUUUCUCGAAAACCACAACUUUGUCAAUUAAGAAGUGUCGCAAAUUUUUCUAUCGGAAACCAAGUGAAAAUAACCUUUCUUCCAGAAGGCGUGUCUGUAUUAGCACAGCCUGGUGAGCCUCUGUAUAAUGUGGCAGAAAGAGCUGGCGUAGAGUUGCUGUUUAGUUGUUGUGUGGGUGACUGUGGUUCUUGUGAAGUUCAAGUUUUGUCACGACAACAAACUAAGAAACAUAGAAAACUAUUUAUUAGACCUUGUAUAGCAAAGGUUCCUGCGAAUAAGUCCGAGUUGGUUUUGCAUACGGUAGGUUCGGACGUUCCACCUUGGUAAAUCUCUAUGUUGUUCCCUGCCGA